GGCCAUAAUCUGUGCACUAAACACUAGUCCUCUUCUUUAUCUCCAUGACCCUGGUCCCUUAGAGGUCUCAAUACACUGUGGGACAAAAAGGAUUGCUACUUGCAAAGGGUGACCUGACUCUCGUGUCUUGGUCGCCACCGUUCACAGCUUCAGCAAUCUGUGGAUCCACGGAGGAGGAUCUGUCAGACACCCCAGGAGCUAAACAGGUGCCUGUCGUGGAGAAAGAAGCCUCAAGAGCACUGUGUACCAGGACCCCAGGACCCUGCUCGUCCCCAGGGCUGCCUGGUCCAGAUCGCUGCAGGUGGUGGUGGAUGGAGCCUUGCAGCCCGGCGUCUGGUGUCUUUGACCUUCCGGUGGUGGCAGCAACGUUGGCGUCUCCAGGACCAAGGCAUGAAGGUCGCUGUGUUGGACCUGGGGUCUUUCUUUGCCAAGAUUUUCAAGACCUCAGCGUCCUCUGCGGCCCCCAACCACCCUGGAGGCUCCACCGCCACAGGAUCAGUGGUCUCUGACUCCAGCGAAGCAGCGACAUUGACUCUGCUCCCAUCUCUGCCUCCAGACAUUAAGGCCUCACGGGAGCCCUCCACACCUCUGCACUCUGCCUUGCAUCCCAGGAGCUCCGCAGUCACCCGCAGGGUGGAAGCAGUAGGGUGCCCGGGGUCUCUGCCUGGCAGCCCAGGAGCAUCCAGAGCGCUACUCCUAGGCCGUGGUAGUGGCUCUGCGGGCUCCAUGGCAUCACUGGCUUUGCCCAGCCCAGGCACUGUCUGGGCGACCCUGCCCUCUGUUACCAUCCCUGUGGGCAGCAAUAGCAGUGCAACCUCCAGUCCAAGAACCCCUCGCCAGCUGCUGGGUCCCGGAGAACGAGAGCCCAGUGCGUGGAUGGCCCAAGGACCUGUCCCCAAAACACUGUUUUUCACCCUGCCGGACAUUGGGGAGGAGUGGGCCUCCGACAGCGACUCCCAGGAAGAUCCAGAAGGAAGGGGGCUAUCAGAAGGACUCAGGAAGCACAGCUCCACAAAGAGCAAAGAUCCUCUACCCACAAAUUUUACCAGAAACGUGCAGAAAGCCAUUGACAAAUAUGCCAGCGAGUCCCCCUCAUCCUUUUCAUCCAGUGGGAGCCGCACGCCCACGGAGGCCCACAAUUCAUGGCCCGGCUCUUCCACACAGAGUUCCACCACUGGACUCUCCACAGAGAGGAGCUCAGUUUCUUCCUGGAGAGAUGAUGAAUUUGACAAAGUCAAUGCUCAGAAAGUCCAGCAGCUGUUUUGGGAGGUCGAGGAAAUGCUAUUUGAAGGGAAAGUGAGCCCCCAGACCCAGAAUCUUCUGGCCGAAUGCAGCGAGUGGGCAAGGAGAUCCCUUCAUCUCAGGCUGUUAGGAAGGCAACUCAUUCCGCCCAGUGAUGAAGGUUUUCGACACUUCCAGGGGAGCCUGCUGAGUUCUGCUACCCACGAACCCUUGCCUCCUGUUUCUGACCACUUCAGCAGUGUCAGAGAGCUGUGUAUCUCUGGCUCUCAGAUAGUUCUGGAGGCACUCUCAGCCCCUACCCUGACAGAUCCUGUUGGCACAGAGCUGACUGACCCCACGUCAUACUCGUCCCUGAAAGAAGAGGUGUACCACAUGGAUGGAAGCAUCGAAGAAUAUUUUGCUUUUGACAGAAAACAGGAUGGAGAUGAGCAUCUGGAACAAAACCCAACCCUCUGUGACAGGAAGUGGCAUCGACACGGGCUUCCUCCCAUCUCCCCUCAUGACUGUAUCAGAGAUGCAGUGGCAGCAGAAGUGUUCGAUCAUGUUUGGACCAAUGUGGUAGAGAUACUGGAGGAUCUCAUUAGGAAAACCUGGGAAUCAGCACUCACAGGCGAAAGAAAGCGUCAAGGGAAACCGAAAGCAGUGGAGAAUAGAACUCCACAUGUGCUUGUGUCUCGUCUCAGCACUGACGUCUCCAGUGUCCCCCCAUCCCGAAGCUCUGAAACUCUCCACACGUCCUCGGCCUCCCACUUUAAUCCACCCCAGUUUUCUCAGCCCCAUCGCUUUUCCAGCAACUUCUAUAGUGACUUGAGCGGUGUGAUGACGAUUCAAGCCAAACCGCUUCAGCAGAGACCCACCUAUUUUGCGGAUAAAACACAGAAUGAGCAGGACGACAAACUGUCUGGUGGAGGGAUCGGUACAUCUUCACGUCACCGACUGGGCCGCAUCCCAGACUCUCGGGGACCGCAGACUUCUGCCAAGAAAACACCAGUUCACAGGAGACUACCUUCAAUUGCUUCAGACCCACAGAGACUGAGAACCCCCACCGUCUAUAGUGAUGAAAUCCUGAGAGGAACCAAACUGCAAACUGGCAUUGACCACCUGCCCUCCUCAGCAGUUCCAACCUCCCGGAACCGGUUACCCCCGAUAGGCUCCGAGGCUGUGGAGCAGAACACAGGAGCUUCCGGAUCCCGCCCUAUUUCUUACAGGGGAAGGCAUCCACAAAACCGUGUGUUCAGUGCAAUGCCUGAGACCGUCGAACGGUCACCUCUUCGAGAAAGAACCAUUGUCCUGGAACAGCUUUCAAGGCCCAGUACCACACACACAUUCCGGUCGGACACACCAAGAAAAGGCUCCCUGACUCCCAUGGAAUUUGUUGCUCACACUUGGACAGGGCAGAGUAUUUUGACAGGUUCCCAGUAUCUACCUAAAUCUUACCAGAGGUCAACUCUGACUGCAAGAAAGAGGUUCCCAGUGGCAUCAUGAUAACACUGCUCUGGAAUUAUGGACUUGCUGGAACAUGUGAAGCCUUGGCCAUAUCGUUUGGAAAAGUCUAGGAACAAGUAUUACCUGGUGCAGCUACUCACCUCUCUGAUAGCCGGAGAUGUAGGGUACCAAGAGAAACACAAGCGAAUAAGUAACUUGGUUGUGAACACUUUGCUUUAUACAGAGAAUACAAGGGGAGCUCCCUAAGCCCUAUGGGAAGCUUGCCUGAGGCUCCUUGGGCUCUAGAGCUCUGCUCAGAAGACCCUAGUUUGUCCCCUGAUUCUCUUUCUUCAUCGCUUAACUUACAGCUAGUCUUCAACACGAUGAUCAUGUGGGUGCGUUCUGUAAGAAUAUGCCAUUGUGUAACAUUUUGGUCUCAUUCUCUUAAUGAUGCUGUCAAAAACUAAAUAGCAGUCAUAUUUGAGACUAUUUGUCCAUUUGAAAAAAUAUUCUGGUUCUUCUGCUCAUCAUGCUGACUUUAAAAAUAAUUACCGCAUAUGCAGUGUAUGAAGUGAUGGGUUUCAUGAUGACAAGAUUUCUCGCAACUUUGUUACCACGUGACUAGUUGCGAAGAAUUGAGAAAUGUCUUGCAAGCCAAUUGUGUUAAAACACAAUGGUAAGCUAGUUUUCACUGUCAAAUUUAGACGGUGCAUUUAAAAGUAUCCCAUAUUUAAAGCUGAAUAUAAGCAUAAUCAAAAUCGUUUGCACAUGGUCCUGACAUUAACAUUUCAACUGGCGUGUUUGACACCUGGGCUGGGGGAAUUGGGACAGCAGCAUCCUUGCUUCCUUCCAACCUAGGCUUUGCUCUGCCAUCACCUCUUCAGCAGAGCCUCCCUGAGCCCUGGCUGAAAGUAGCAGUUGCCCCAACCUCUGCCCAUUUCCCUCUUUAUUUUUUUUCAGACCGUAUGUCCCACCUGAUUACUGGCAAGGCCCCUUUCUGGUUCCUAAUCCUGGCUCAUUUUCAUAUACACACAUUCCAAGUCAGCAUACUUUCUCUCCUUUUUAAUCAGAAAUUUACACUACAUCAACAUAAAUCUCUCUAUCUAAAACAAAUCUUACAUGCAUACACAUGUAUGCAUAUACCAUGCAAUCACGAUAAAUGGUUUCAGCACAUUUGCUGUAAGAAGUGGGGACCAUUGUCUACUUAGAGAUACUUAGAAGCUGGCCCAUCUGUGUAGAGCUGGAUCUGCUCUUUACAGAGAACGACCAAGCAGAAGUGACUUCGGUUCCCCCUUCACACCCUCCACUUAUUUCCUGCAGCCCCCAGGGCAGGAGAGAGAAUGAACACGGGUCAGGGUCUGUAUUGAGCCUUCCUUUCGGAUGGACACUCUGAGCGCCACCUCCUCCGCCCUAGGGAAUGUGUCAAAUGGUCAGUUUCUCACUGCAAACUGACCAAAGCAUUUCAAGAACUAUGUGAACCAUUUCUCACCGUAAGCUCUGGAGGCUCUGGAGAAAAUAUCAGUCUUAAUGCAACCGUUCUCCACACAGAGGGGUUUCUGGACUGAGGAGUGGCUGGAGUCCUGUCCUCCAGGUGCCUGGCUGGCGGCUCUGUGCUGCAUCAUUACCGGUAGGGGAACCAUUGGCUCUGUUCUCUCAGGGUCAUUCAGCCCACUUCCGGUGAAUUCCUAGGUGCCCUCCAACUGUUUCUCCCUCAACCCAAGGUUUAAAAAGGGAGUUAGUGAAUAGGGCAUCUAAUCAGAUGGUGAGUCUGAGAUAAGUUACUGUCUUGGAGCCAUGGGAGUGAUUGAAUAGUGGCCUCGUCAUGUUUGCCUUCAGAGGUUUGAAGUUGGAAAUGUAUUGUUUAUGUCAGCAAAGUACUGCAGGACAAAGAGAAUCAGGGGCAGAUUUUACCUUCCAGGCUCUUCAUUAGGAAGCAAAAGCACUGCUAGAGGGUGCCUACACCCAGAGGGCUUACAGAUUCUAAAAGAAACCUUCUCCUGGAAUUUACUUCAUGCCUGUGUUAAAGGUAUUUUGUUUGUGGGCGAAAUGAAAUUUGUAAGUUAGCAAAUGAUGCUUGUGUGAGGAUGGUGCUGUUUAGACUGAAAAGUCAGGGAGUGCUUCUACAAUAUUCUACUUAUGUAAGUGAGUCUUAACUUAGGCUCUCUCUGAAAAUAUUGAAAAUGGGAAAUCACUCCUAGAAAAAAAAAUUCAAGUGCGGUUUAAUGACUCCAUGAAUUAAAAUAUCUUUAAUUUAUCCCAAGCCAAAGAAAGGAUGAAAGAAUUUAAAAAUAAUUCAAGGAAAUCUACUAUUCCAUGGAAAAUAACUAGAUUAAUAAAGGAUAUAAAAGGAAGCAGGGAUCUUUAUGUUUGUGUUACCCUGUACCAGGAUGGAUUUUCAUUACUAAUUGCGAGGUUCACUUUUAACGCCAUAAGUCAUUCCAGUAUAUUUUUAUUAUCAUUGCUUUCUUAUAACGAUGGAUGAUUGUUCAGUAAUUUUAAUCAGUUAAUUUUUAAUAAAAUAUAAAAUGUUAAGAGUU